AUGAAAAACAGAGACCAGCCAGAAGUGGAUUUAAAAAAUGGGAUUUUGUAUGGGACUUUGAAACAGAUUAGAUUGGGCACUGACGUAGAUCCCGAGUCACCUAAUCUACUCCAAACCUGGGUUUGCACCAUACAACCAAAGAAUUCCAAAGCACUAAUAUCGCUUUUAAAACAAAACUACGACGAUGAGCCAAGGAUUAGACAUCUAAAGAGAUUGACCAAAGUCGGCGACCAUAUAAAGGCGAUUAUAUGUCCAUAUGAAGAGGAGAGUCAAAGAAACGAAAUAUCAAACCUGUUAAGGAGUCUAGAGUAUGAUGAUCUCGAAGUGAUCAAAGUGCCGCGAGAUCAAGCGAGUACAAGAGAAACAACUUUGAAAUGGUCUAGCAUUUGGCCCUUAACUUGGAAGGGCAAUCCAAAUCACCAAUUUCUAAACACGGUAAAAUUCGACAUGACACAGGAACGACAAAUGGUGAAUGAACUAUUGAGUUAUCUCGAGCAAACCAACAAUUCAGACUCACUGGUGACCGUAAUGGCAAAGGAGGUGGAUAACAAAAUUGCAAUACAGACAGUUGCUCUAAACAAGGGCGAGCGUCAUCCACUGCAACACAGCGUAAUGAAGGCUAUUGACGCAAUAGCACGAAACGAAAACAACCAACGGAAAGAUGGAAAACAAGAAAGAGGCUAUUUGUGCACCGAUAUGAUUGUGUACACAACUCAUGAGCCUUGUGUCAUGUGUAGUAUGGCAUUGGUCCAUUCACGAAUAGUUAGGUGUACCUACUUGAAGCCGGUUUCACCUGGUGGAGGGAUGGAAUCAAGCUAUUAUCUUGGUGACUUAGAUGGACUUAAUUGGAAGUUUCAGAUAUGGAGAUGGCUAGGAGAACCCGAAUUGUCAAGGUUGAAUGAAGCUGUUGAUAAUGUACGAUUAGAAUAUUAG